AUGCUCAAACAACAGGAUAUCUGUCAUUAGUAUGGGUGCUAUGGCUACUAUCACGGACUUGUUGGUGAUCGGGGAGAUGUACUACUUUGUGUGAACACGAUUUCAUUGACCGCUUAUUACUUAGGAAUGCUGGGUCCCCAUAUGAUGACAGUGCUGAAAGCGAGAGUGUCUGCUGGUGUCAUUUAUCAAACGAUUGAUCGAAUCCCGAACAACAGUAUGAAAUCAAGGAAUUAUUCAAAGGAAAAGCUUGGUGCAGGUAAUGUUGCCUUUGAGAAAGUUUGCUUCUCGUAUCCUACAAGGAAUGGACCUGUUUUGAAUGAAUUUUCGUGGGAAGCUCGUGCUGGAGAGUCGGUAGCUCUAGUUGGGCCUAGUGGAUGUGGAAAAAGUACAUCGAUUGCUCUGCUUACGCGUCUGUAUGAGGCUAAUGAGGGUAAAAUCACUAUCGAUGAUGUAGACAUUCGUGAAAUUGAGGUGUCAGCCUUGAGAAAGGUACGUGUAAUUAUUUCCUGUUCUUUGAGGAGCAUUACAUGAGA